GCGGGUGGCCGGGCGUUGGAAGAGCGGAGCGACGCGGGUCCGGUCCGGUCCCUCCAGCCCCGCACCGUCUGCAGCGCGGGGCUUCCUGUCCGUCUGCCUUGGGACUGGGAGGGCCGCCAGCCGUGGGCACCAUGAACCUGGAGCGCGUCUCCAACGAAGAGAAGCUGAACCUGUGUCGGAAAUACUACCUGGGUGGCUUUGCUCUGCUCCCUUUCCUGUGGCUGGUGAAUGUUUUCUGGUUUUUCCGAGAGGCCUUUUUCGCCCCAGCAUACACCGAGCAGCUUCAGAUCAAGCGCUAUGUCCAGCGGUCAGCCUUAGGCCUCCUUUUCUGGGUGAUUGUGCUCACAACGUGGAUCACCAUCUUCCAGGCACGUCGGGCCGAGUGGGGUGAACUUGGCGACUAUCUCUCCUUCACCAUUCCAUUGGGCAUCCCCUGAUAAACCUUGUUCCUUGAGGUCUUCAACAUGGAGCUUUGCAUUUUACUGUUGGACUCCUUGAAUAGCCACUGGCCACUGUUUUCUUAAUAUCUCCUUUCCAUGGAACCCAGGUUGGGAUUACACUGUGGUUAACUAUGGUGGGGCCACCUCUUCUCUCUGGCCCCGUGAAUCAUCAACUCUGGGUCUCCUUGACUACAAGAGAUGAUCAAUAAACAUAUGAUGAUCUGUU